AUGGCCGGCUACGCUAUGGAAAUACCGGAGCUCAUUCAGACUGCCAGCAUCAAUCACAACCCUGACCCUGCUCAUGACAUCAACCCAGCCACGGCAGCUUCAGAGAAACAACCCGUCGUGGCAAGCCCAGACUCCGAUACAAACAGCAUUGCCUCCGACCUUGUCGACGAAAGUCGAUUCAUUCGGCCUGUUCAUCGACGUCAGAAUCUUCCUCCUCUUCCAGAUUUGCGCUUUGAACAGAGCUACUUGGCGAGCAUUAAGGAUGCUCAGACAUGGGGUCGAGUGGCGUGGAUCACUACCAGGGACCAGGUGCUUCUACCUUUGAUCCAAGGAACCGUCUGGACUCUCGCGCUCUCAGGCUGGCGCUUCUGGAACCGCAGUGCUUCGCUCAGCGGCCACACCCUCGGCAGUCGUAUACGCAGAUGGUGGUAUGAAGUGAACAAUUGGCAUCUCCCACAAUUGGGUACGACCAGGUCUCCUGGACUAGCAUCGCAGAUGGAAGAUGAGUUCUUGAAGUCUUAUGCGACUCAAUUCGCCAACGCAGGCUCUAGCUGA